AGAGCUCAGCGGUGUCUGCACCAUGGCCUGGAUUCCUCUCUUCUUCUUCCUCCUUCACUGCACAGGGUCUUUUUCGCAACCUGUGCUGACUCAGUCACCCACAGCCUCAGCCUCCCUGGGAGCCUCAGUCAAACUCACCUGCACCUUGAGUAGUGAGCACAGCACCUACAACAUUGCAUGGUACCAGCAACAGCCAGACAAGGCUUUUAAGUAUCUGAUGUGGCUUAGGAGUAAUGGAAACUAUGAUAAGGGAGACAGGAUCCCUGAUCGCUUCUCUGGUUCCAGUUCUGGAGCUCAUCGCUACUUAAGCAUCUCCAACAUUCAGCCUGAAGAUGAAGCUGACUAUUUCUGUGGUGCAGAUUAUAGUGGUGGGUAUGUUUUCGGCGGCGGAACCCAGCUCACUGUCCUAGGUCAGCCCAAAUCUUCUCCCAAAAUCACGGUGUUUCCACCUUCACCUGAGGAGCUCCAGACAAACAAAGCCACACUGGUGUGUCUGAUCAACGACUUCUCCCCGCGUACUAUAACAGUGGCUUGGGCAGCAGAUGGUGUGCCUAUCACCCAGGGUGUGCAGACUACAAAAUCCACCAAAGAAAACAAAAACUACAUGGCCAGCAGCUAUCUAAGUUUGACAGCAGACCAGUGGAGAUCUUACAAGAGCGUUUCCUGCAAAGUUUCUCAUGAAGGGGAUGUUUUGGAGCAGAGUUUGUCCCCUGCACAAUGUAGCUAGGAGCCCAGACUUCUCCUGAGCCUGGGAAGUGUGGAGCUAGGGGACCCAGAAUGGAGUCUCUUCUCUAUACUAGGGAAUCCAGGCUUCUCUUUUACCCACUGAAUAUUCAAUAAAAGAUCAUUAGUUAAUCAGAGGUA